AUGUCCAGAACUGUUCCAACCCAUCGAAAUGACAACGAUCCGGUUCAGGCAGAGCCGGAUGCAGAUAUCAGUCGUUUCAAUCAACCUUCGAAUAAUCAAUCUAUAGAUGUGAAUCAAGACUCGGAUUCAAGCAACCCUUCAUCCACUCAACAUCGUGAUCAACGAGGAGAACGUCAGACUGAUCGUGAUCGUCACACUGACACACGAUAUUCUGGUCAGCAUGUGGAUUCAGGCGACACUUCAUCCACUCAACAUCGUGAUCAACGAGGAGAACGUCAAACUGAGCCUGAUCGUCACACUGACAUACGAUAUUCUCGUCACAAUGUGGAUUCCGACGAUACUUCAUCCACUCAACAUCGUGAUCAACGAGGAGAACGUCAAACUGAUCGUGAUCUUCACACUGACACACGAAAUUCGGGUCAGCAUGUGGAUUCCGACGAUACUUCAUCCGCUCAACAUCGUGAUCAACGAGGAGAACGUGAAACUGAUCGUGAUCGUCACACUGACAUACGAUAUUCUGGUCAGCAUGUGGAUUCAGGCGACACUUCAUCCACUCAACAUCGUGAUCAACGAGGAGAACGUCAAACUGAGCCUGAUCGUCACACUGACAUACGAUAUUCUCGUCACAAUGUGGAUUCCGACGAUACUUCAUCCACUCAACAUCGUGAUCAACGAGGAGAACGUCAAACUGAUCGUGAUCUUCACACUGACACACGAAAUUCGGGUCAGCAUGUGGAUUCCGACGAUACUUCAUCCGCUCAACAUCGUGAUCAACGAGGAGAACGUGAAACUGAUCGUGAUCGUCACACUGACACACGAUAUUCUGGUCAGCAUGUGGAUUCAGGCGACACUUCAUCCGCUCAACAUCGUGAUCAACGAGGAGAACGUCACACUGACACACCAAAUUCUAGACAGCAUACCGAUAUACCGGACACUUCAUCCACUCAACAUCGUGAUCAACGAGGAGAACGUCAGACUGAUCGUGAUCGUCACACUGACACACGAAAUUCGGGUCAGCAUGUGGAUUCCGGCGAUACUUCAUCCACUCAACAUCGUGAUCAACGAGGAGAACGUCAGACUGAUCGUGAUCGUCACACUGACACACAAAAUUCUAGACAGCAUGUGGAUUCAGGCGACACUUCAUCCGCUCAACAUCGUGAUCAACGAGGAGAACGUCAAACUGAGCCUGAUCGUCACACUGACACACGAUAUUCUGGUCAGCAUGUGGAUUCAGGCGACACUU